AUGGCUUGUGUUACUUCGCCAAAUUUCUCUGUGAUGAUUAAUGGGUCUCUAGAGGGGUUUUUCCAGGGGAGGAAGGAGUUGAGGCAGGGGGAUCUGUUAUCUCCCUUUUUGUUUGUGUUGAUGAUGGAAGUGUUAUCUCGGUUGUUAAAUAAGCCUCCUAAGUCGUUUAGGUUCCAUGAUUGGUGUGAGCAUGUGGGCUUGACGCAUCUGGCCUUUAUUGAUGAUUUGAUGAUUUUCUGUGCAGUAGAGAGAGUGUCUCUGGAGUUUGUGAAGCAGGUUCUGGUGGAGUUUGCAGAGUUGUCUAGGUUAGUUACGAAUGUGAGGAAGAGUUUCAUGUUUGUAGCGGGAGUGGAUUCUAGUGUUGCUAUGCAUCUUACCGCAUUUAUGGGGUUCAGCCUUGGUUCACUGCCUAUUAGGUAUCUUGGGUUAUCCUUAUUGGCAGUGUUACUUGCGUGUGUAACUCAUGAAGUUGAGCGUUUAUUGCGGAGCUAUUUAUGGAAGGGUAGUGUGGGGAGUUGGGGCGGUGCACAGGUGGCUUGGGAUGAGGUGUGCUUGCAGAAAGGUGAGGGAGAGUUGGGUGUAACAGAUGUGGCUUUAUGGAACCAAGCUGCUAUUAUGAAGUUGCUUUGGCUUCUUUUAGUUAAGUUGGGCUCAUUAUGGGUGGCGUGGAUGGAGGCGUAUAUUUUGCGUGGGCGGUCUUUGUGGGCGAUUCGGUGUAAGGUUGGGAAAUCUUGGUGCUUGAGGGCUAUCUUGUUGUGUAGAAAUAGAUUCAAGCAUCUGGUCUGUUUGAUGGUGGGCGAUGGGAGGUCAUGCUUUGUAUGGUGGGACCCUUGGUUGCCGGAGGGUGCAAUUUUGGAUAAAUAUGGGGCUAGUGUGGUUGGAGAUGCAAAUAGUAGUUUGGACGUGCGGUUAUCGGAGUUUAUGGAUGGCGAGGGAGGUUGGAGGUGGCCUAUAGUGUCAUGGGAGUUGCUCGAGAUCUGGGGUCUUAUACAGGCAGUGGGGCCUAGGGUGAGGGGGGAGGAUUAUUGGGUAUGA